CCCCUCUCUAUUCCAUCUUGACAUUCACUUGAACCCAAAACUUCCUUCAGAAAGAAACUACCGAAGAAGAAGAAAAUGACCAAAACAUACCGUAUCGCAACUAUUCCCGCCGACGGCAUCGGACCCGAAGUUAUCAGCGCAGGCGUGCAAGUGCUGCAAGCGCUCAGCGCAAAACUCCAGACGUUCGCGCUCGAUUUCACACAUCUCGACUGGAGCUCGGAGACUUAUAAGCAGACAGGGAAGUAUAUUCCUGAUGGUGGACUGGAGGAGUUGAAGAAACACGAUGCGAUUUUGUUUGGGGCUGUAGGGGCACCAGAUGUCCCUGAUCAUAUCUCGCUCUGGGGUCUCCGGUUGGCUAUUUGUCAACCCAUGCAACAAUACGCUAAUGUGCGUCCUACGCGCAUCCUGCGAGGCACUCAAUCGCCCCUGCGCGAUUGCGCUGUCGGGGACCUCGACUGGGUGAUUGUUCGUGAGAACAGUGAGGGCGAGUACGCCGGGCAGGGCGGACGAUCGCACAGGGGCCAGCCCUGGGAGGUUGCGACGGAGACGGCGAUUUUCUCCCGGCACGGCGUCGAGCGGAUUAUGCGGUUUGCAUUUGAGACGGCCGCCAAGAGACCCAGGAAGUUGUUGACGGUGGUGUCGAAGAGCAAUGCGCAGCGCAAUGGCAUGGUGCUGUGGGACGAGGUAGCGAGCAUUGUGGCGAAGGAUUUCCCCGAGGUCACGGUGGAUAAGAUGUUGGUCGAUGCGAUGACAGCGCGGAUGGUGCUUAAGCCGGAGACUAUUGAUACGAUUGUGGCUAGCAAUUUGCACGCCGAUAUCCUCUCCGAUCUGGCCGCUGCCCUGGCCGGCUCCAUUGGAAUAGCGCCUACAUCCAAUCUCGACCCCACGCGCCAGAACCCAAGCAUGUUUGAGCCGAUCCACGGCUCUGCAUUCGACAUCACCGGCAAGGGCAUCGCCAACCCCGUCGCAACCUUCUGGACCGCCGCAGAGAUGCUCACGUGGCUGGGGGAGGAACCCGCCGCGGAAAAGCUGAUGCAGUGUGUUGAGCGAGUCUGCGAAGCUGGGUUUCUCACAGCCGAUUUGGGUGGAAAAGCCACGACCGUGGAGGUGACUGCUGCUGUUGUUGAGGAGAUCAAAUGGUUGAAUUAAUUCAUUCAUUCAUACAUACUCUUUCCGAUGUUGUAUUAUUAUAAACAGAAUAACUAUAUAACUAGCUUGCGAACCAGGGUAUCAUUCCAGACGACAAAAAGCAAAAGCAGAAAUAAAAAAAUAAUCAAUCACAAGACAUU